AUGCAUGAUUUCAUGUUUGAAAGAUGUCUCAAAUUGAUGAACGAUGUGGGCAAAGGCCUUAAACGGGAUAUUUGUGAUGCUGAAGAUCGAUACCAUGGUCAAAACAAUACAGCGAUAAAAGAGAGGUGCCGCCGGGUCCGAUAUCCUAGCCGUUAUUGGGUACGCCAUCUCGAACGAAGCGAUGCGAGUUCACGUGUAACAGAAAAAGUCUACAUCUUUCUGAAACAACACUUGCUUCAUUGGUUAGAGGCUAUGAGCAUCUUUGGGUUUAGUUCUGAGUCUAUAGAGGCGCUGGAAACUUUGCAGGAGAUCAUCGGAAAUGAAUCAGUAAAGGAAGUAUCAGAAUUUUUUACUGAUUCCCGGCGUUUUGUUUUGAAGUUCGGACAUAUUGCUGGAAAUGCACCACUUCAACUAUACUACGCGGGACUGGUGUUUGCUCCCAUGAAAUCUAUCAUAAAAGAAAAUUUUCGUAAAGAGAGACAUUGGAUAGGCGCAUUAUCAGAUGUCGAGGAAUCCUGGAGUGCGGAACUACAGAUACUUGAGGGCCAUUCUGGCUACAUUCUCUCAGUGGUGUUCUCCCCCGACGGUCGAACACUAGCCUCAGGCUCAAGCGACAAUACUAUCAGGCUUUGGGAUACGGUAACUGGCCAAGAGCGACAGACCCUUGAAGGCCAUUCUGAUUGGAUUAUGUCAGUGGUGUUCUCCCCCGACGGUCGAACAAUAGCUUCAGGCUCAUACGACAAGACUAUCAGGCUCUGGGAUACGGCAACUGGCCAAGAGCGACAGACCCUUAAGGGCCAUUCUAGGGAAAUUAACUCAGUGGUAUUCUCUCCCGACGGUCGAACAAUAGCUUCAGGCUCAUACGACAAGACUAUCAGGCUCUGGGAUAUAGCAACUUGCCAAGAGCGACAGACCCUUAAGGGCCAUUCUAAUAUAAUUCUCUCAGUGGUGUUCUCCCCCAACGGUCGAACACUAGCCUCAGGCUCACGCGACAAGACUAUCAGGCUCUGGGAUACGGCAAAUGGCCAAGAGCGACAGACGCUUGAGGGCCAUUCUAGGGAAAUUAACUCAGUAGUGUUCUCCCCCGACGGUCGAACACUAGCCUCAGGCUCACACGAUAAGACUAUCAGGCUCUGGGAUACGGCAGCUGGUCAAGAGCGACAGACGCUUGAGGGCCAUUCUGGCUACAUUAACUCAGUGGUGUUCUCCCCCGACGGUCGAACAAUAGCCUCAGGCUCAUACGACAAGACUAUCAGGCUCUGGGAUACGGCAACUUGCCAAGAGCGACAGACCCUUAAGGGCCAUUCUAAUAUAAUUCUCUCAGUGGUGUUCUCCCCCGACGGUCGAACACUAGCCUCAGGCUUAAGCGACAAGACUAUCAGGCUCUGGGAUACGGCAACUGACCAAGAGCGACAGACCCUUGAGGGUCAUUCUGAUUGGAUUAUGUCAGUGGUGUUCUCCCCCGACGGUCGAACACUAGCCUCAGGCUCACGCGAUAAGACUAUCAGGCUCUGGGAUACGGCAACUGGCCAAGAGCGACAGAUCCUUAAGGGCCAUUCUGAUGAAAUUCUCUCAGUGGUGUUUUCCCCCGACGGUCGAGCACUAGCCUCAGCCUUACACGACAAUACUAUCAGGCUCUGGGAUACAGCAACUGGCCAAGAGCCAAAGACUCUCAAGGGCCAUUCUAGGGAAAUUAUGUCAGUGGUGUUCUCCCCCGACGGUCGAACAAUAGCCUCAGGCUCACACGACAAGACUAUCAGGCUCUGGGAUACAGCAACUGGCCAAGAGCGACAGAUCCUUAAGGGCCAUUCUGAUAAAAUUAACUCAGUGGUGUUCUCCCCCGACGGUCGGACACUAGCCUCAGGCUCCAGCGACGAUAUAAUCAGGCUUUGGGAUACGAUAACUGGCCAAGAGCAAAAGACCCUUAAGGGCCAUUCUGAUAUAAUUAUUUCAGUAGUUUUCUCCCCUGACGGUCAAACACUAGCCUCAGGCUCAGGCGACAAGACUAUCAGGCUCUGGGAUACGGCAACUGGCCAAGAGCGACAGACCCUUAAGGGCUAUUCUGGCUACAUUAACUCAGUGGUGUUCUCCCCCGACGGUCGAACACUAGCCUCAGGCUCACACGACAAGACUAUCAGGCUCUGGGAUAUAGCAACUGGCCAAGAGCGACAGACCCUUAAGGGCCAUUCUGGCUACAUUAACUCAGUGGUAUUCUCCCCCGACGGUCGAACAAUAGCCUCAGGCUCACGCGACAAGACUAUCAGGCUCUGGGAUACGGCAACUGGCCAAGAGCGACAGACUACUGCGAGCCGACAUAGCUUUGCUCAACGAGGAAACCAUCAGAUAUCAAUUGCCAAUAACUUCAUAUCCUUCAGAGGUGAGAAUAUACUGUGGCUGCCCGUUGAGUAUCGUGACUUUACAGUUUCAGCUGUAAAUGAGAGCACUCUUGCUCUUGGGUACCCCAAUGGCCGAGUCUUUAUUUUAAGCUUCAGCACAUUGAUGGAACAAAUACUCUGA